GGAGAAAGACAACGCAGCGAACAAAACACACAAUGGCGACGGCGGCGACAACGGCAGGCGGAACGGGCUCAGGCGGACCGGCCACCGGCCCGGUCGGCGGCGGGACUGCAGUGGGACGAAAGAAAGACGGCGGUCCGUCUACGAAAUUCUGGGAAAGUUCAGAGACGAUAUCCCAACUGGAGGCGGUGCGGCUGUGGAUCGGAAAGCACUACAAGAAGUAUGUCCAGAAUGACUCCCCCUCCAGUAAAUCCUUGGCAGGCCUGGUGGUCCAGCUGCUGCAGUUCCAAGAGGACGCGUUUGGGCGCAGGGUCAACAAUCCUGCUCUCACCAAGCUGCCUGCCAAGUGUUUCUUGGAUUUCAAGGCAGGAGGUGCUCUCUGUCACAUCCUGGGGUCUGUGUACAAGUUUAAGAGCGAGCAGGGCUGGCGUAGAUUUGACCUGCAGAAUCCCUCCCGGAUGGACAGAAACGUGGAGAUGUUCUUAAAUGUUGAAAAGAACUUGGUCCAGAAUAACUGCUUAACUCGACCCACUGUCUUCCUGUCGUCGGACAUCGAGCAGAAACAGGCCAGUAAGCUCAAAGACAUCAUCAAAAGGCACCAGGGCUCCAUCACUGAGGAUAAGUCAAAGGCCACCCACCACAUUUACCCCUCUCCAUCCCAACAAGAAGAAGAGGAGUGGCUGCGUCCUGUCAUGAGGAAAGACAAACAGGUGCUCGUGCACUGGGGUCUCUACCCAGACAGCUAUGACACCUGGGUAUCAGCCAGUGAGGUGGACGGUGACCUGGAGGACCCACCGAGCACUGACAGACCCUGGAAGGUCCAUGCCAAGUGGGUCUCAGACACCGACGCUUUCAAUGAGUGGAUGAACGAGGAAGACUAUGAGGUGGACGAGAACAAGAAGCCGGUCAGCUUCCGCCAGAGGAUCUUCCCCAAGGAGGAAGAGUCUUCCCGUACACCCGAUCGAAAGGAGCGCAAGGCCAACUCCGCCGGCAAGAAGAGGAGGCGCUCCCCCUCGCCACCCAGCACUCCCGCUGAGUCCCGGAAGAAGGGAGGCAAGAAGGGGAACCCAGGGCCUCACUGGAAGCGACGAGGCCACCGAGGCGAAGAGGAGGACACCGAGGAGGACAUGACAAAGGACUUGGAUGACUCCUCGGCUGGUGCCAGCAUGGAGGAGGGCAGCAUGUCCAAGAAUGCAAAUUCAAAGAAAGACAGCGAGAAUACUCCGGUCAAAGGAGGGAAUGAUUUGGAUGACAUGGAAGAUGAUUCUGUGCUCUCUGGUGGAAAGGACGAUGAGGAUCAAGGCAAAGGCGAAGUCAACCGACUGAUGGACGCCAGCGAGGACAACGUGACCGAACAGACGCACCACAUCAUCAUCCCCAGCUACGCCGCGUGGUUUGACUACAACUGCAUCCACGAGAUUGAGAGAAGAGCCCUUCCUGAGUUCUUCAAUGGAAAGAACAAGUCCAAAACUCCAGAGAUAUACCUGGCCUACCGUAACUUCAUGAUCGACACAUAUCGGUUAAACCCACAGGAGUACCUCACCUCCACCUCCUGCCGCAGGAACCUUACUGGGGAUGUUUGUGCCAUCAUGAGGGUACACGCAUUCCUCGAGCAGUGGGGUUUGGUGAACUACCAGGUGGACGCUGACAGUCGCCCGUUGCCCAUGGGCCCCCCACCCACACCCCACUUCACUGUGCUGGCUGAUACGCCCUCUGGCCUUAUGCCCCUCAACCACCGACCCCCGCCGAUUCCUCCUCCGCAGCCGAUGCCCAACUUCGUAGGCAAAGACAAAGACAAGGCCAUUGACCUGCAGAACUUUGGCCUUCGCCCUGAUCUCUACAAGAAAAACAUCAAGGGUAAAGCAGUCACCACCACCAGGGAGUGGACCGAGCAGGAGACUCUACUGCUGCUGGAGGCCCUGGAGAUGUACAAAGACGACUGGAACAAAGUGUCGGAGCAUGUGGGUUCACGCACCCAAGACGAGUGUAUCCUGCACUUCUUGCGGCUCCCCAUUGAAGAUCCGUACCUGGAAAGCACGGAGACGUCCCUGGGCCCUCUGGCCUACCAGCCCAUACCCUUCAGCCAGUCUGGAAACCCUGUCAUGAGCACAGUAGCCUUCUUGGCUUCAGUAGUCGACCCCAGAGUGGCAUCUGCUGCUGCCAAGGCUGCACUAGAGGAGUUCUCUCGUGUGCGUGAGGAGGUGCCGGCUGAGUUGGUGGAGGCUCACGUGAAGAAGGUGCAGGAAGCCGCCAGGAGCACUGGCAAGGUGGACCCCGCUUUUGGCCUGGAGAGCAGCGGCAUUGCUGGAACUGCCCCUGAGGAGCCAGAAAAGACUGAAACCACAGAGCCAGAAAAGAUGGACACAGACUCAGACUCCCAGCAGGCCGAUAAGGCCGAGUUGAAGGACGAGGCAGAGAAGCCCAGCGAGUCUGCAGAGAAGAGCGACAAGACGGAGGCGACGGAAAAGGUGAAGAAGGAGGGAACAGAGACAUCGGAACGCGAGGAGGAGACUGAAGAGGGAGGGGAGGCCAAGACAGCUCCAGCAGACAAGGACAAGGAGGAGACUAUGGAGACGUCAUCCUCGGAGCAGGAGAAGGAUAAGGAGGAGAAGGCGGUGACGGAGGAGGGCGAGGACAAGAGGAAGAAGCUGGAACAUGACAUCGGCGAGGGAAACAUUGCCACUGCAGCUGCUGCUGCCCUGGCAUCUGCUGCCACCAAGGCCAAGCACUUAGCAGCAGUGGAGGAGAGAAAGAUCAAGUCCCUGGUCGCUCUGCUGGUGGAGACCCAGAUGAAGAAGCUGGAGAUCAAGCUGAGGCACUUCGAAGAGCUGGAGACCAUCAUGGAUCGCGAGAAAGAGGCGUUGGAGCUUCAGAGGCAGCAGCUGCUCACCGAGCGUCAGGCGUUCCACAUGGAGCAGCUCAGAUACGCAGAGAUGAAGGCGAGGCAGCAGAUGGAGCAGCAAGCCGCCGCUGCAGCCGCUGCCGCCGCCCAGGCCCAGGGACAGGGGCAGGCGCCUGGAUCUGGACCCCAGUCUGGGCCCCCUCCACCGGGCAUGCACCCUGGAGGACCCCCACCACACCAUGGAGGACCUCCCCACCACGGAGCACCCCCAGCACACCACGGAGGGCCCCCUCCUGGGGCGGCAAUGCACCCUGGCUACCCCCCAAUGGGUCACCACCCCAUGGCCCCUCACCACCCAGGCCAGACAGGACCGAUGGGACCAGGCCAGCCGAUGCCGGGACGUAUGAUGUCCGGUCCGCCCUCUGCUGGCCCCCCUCCUGGUGGCAUGCCUCCCAUGAUGCCUCCACGCCACCCUGGAGCUCCCAACGGCAUGUACCCCGGCCCACCACCUGCACAGCCUGAAGCGAUGCCCGUGGCUCCCGUGGGUCCUCCGGCGCCUCAGAGUGGACGAGUGGCCGACAACUAAGACCUACACACACACACACACAAAUACACACAGAAGCACACAUGCAUACAACUAACUCUGUCUCUGAGCAUCAGCCCCGUUUUGAUGGCCUUUGCUACUGGCUCGAUAUUUUUUUCCCCCCUCAACACUCAAAACUACCAUAAACAUCAUCACAGGACACACACACACACCCAGACAAACGCACACACACACACUCAGGGUUCAGUGGCAAAGGUAACCCGACUCUUCACACACACACACGUGCAGACUUCCUCUCAGGGCACAGCGGCAAGGGUCGUCUAGUGAUAAACACUGUUUUCUGCUCGGAGGUUGGCGAGAAUGACCCUGUGUACAGAAAACGGAACAAAGGAGACGGAACAGAUUUUUAAAAAACAAUAUCUGUCUCACCUUUUUUUCCCCUCCUCCUCCUCCUCCUGCCCUCUUUCUAGUGCUGUUUGAAAUGACACUGUAACCCUUCCCGUCUCACAACAACAACAAAAACACACACACCUCUUCUUGUCUGGUUCCUCUUUCUCCAGGACAAACACUAGGGGGAGCUAGUGAGACCGGUCAGACAUGCAGGGGUGUGUGUGUGUGCUCAGCUGUAACACACACACAAACACACACAGGAGGCAAGCUAAUUGUUGAGACGAUAACACGAGUACAACACACACACACACAGAGGACCCAGCCUGCCCUCGCUCUUGUCUUGUCGAGUAUCUACCUCUCGCUCCUCUUUAAAUCAUACACUGUAGUUCUGCGUGUGUGCGUCUGUGAAUGUGUGUGUGUGUUAGACAGAGGGCUGUUUGAUGGCGGUUUGUGCCUUUUUUCUUUUUUCUGUAUAUGUACGAAGUAAAUUUUCUUCUGCACUAGUUGAAACGAAAGUGCAAAUGUGAUAAAGACAAAUCCUCACGUCUGCAGGAAAGUAGUUCUCUAAUCUGUUUGACGAAGCGCGUCCUCGUGUCUUGACCCAAACAAAGAUGGCAGCUGUAAAUUAAUGCUACUUAACUGUGUCCGCGUCCAGGUUUAAGCUGCCCUUCGUUAAGGGAAACGUUUGUCUCAACAGGAUGUAAAGAGCUUUGUCUUAAUUAUCGACUGGGGUUUUUGUUUUUCCUGUUACAUUUCAAAUUACAAAGCUGGCAUUAUUAAUAUUUAUAUAUUUUGUUGUUGUCAACACAUCCCAUGAAAAAACCAAAACAAGUGUCUUAGUACUUCUUGACCUUAACUGAAGAUGUAAAUGUGAAUGGAAAGGCUACACACUACUAAAACUCUCACAAAUCAAACAGGAAAAAGAGAAAAAAGAAAAUGCAUUAGUCUGGAUCUAUUUUCAGCUGCGGAUUAAUCUGGUGCUCUAAGAUACAGCAAGGCUCACUGAUUUGAAUAACAAUUGAGCCCUGCAGCACAGAGGAGCGUUCUUGGUUUGGGUCUUUUAUUGCAUUUUUUGGGUAAAAGUUUCAGAUCUAAAUGACACGAGAGGCACAAGCCGGGGCCUUGGUCCGACCACCGGACCGGCGACAGGCGGCCAUCGUUCCUCCUUCUGUCACACCACCCGCAGCGCUGCGACACACACACACAGAAAUGUAAGCUAAGCUGAGGCGAACACUGGAGGCUGCAUGCACACACCGACUUGGCCAGACCCUGCCACAAAGCACUGGAGACACACACACACUCACACUUAGACACACAACAUCACACACACACACACACGUAAUCUCCUGCUGACCUUCACGCAGCCUUUACAGACGGGGAGACGCUGUGAUGCGGCUGAAGCAUCAGAACAUGACGACGCUCUUCUUCGGCGCGGUGGGCUUCUAGAUGUUUUUAGGUGCUGAUACUGUAGCGAUUAAACCCCGCCUCUCUCCUCACCUACCGCCUAGUGCUGCCUACCUCGCUAACACUCCCCCCCCUCCCCACCCCUCUACUUUUUCGCAUCGCUUUCCAGCCACUGUAAAACUCAGCAAUAUCCAAACUCCUGCGUGUCGAUGCGCAGAAACACACUGAGCUACGAAGCAAAUCGUGACCGUUUAGUCCUCGGAUGCUGCGUCCUGUGAUGUUGCAGUCAGUGAAAAACAAACAAGGGGAGCAACCACUGAGCUGAAACGAUGAGCGAGAUUUAAAAAAAACAACGUUCAGACACUAUUUUGCCAAACAGUCCUGAGUUCCAGCUUCUCGGUUUUCUUAAAUGAUCAGCAAUCGAAUAUUUUAGACCGUCGGCGGUUUAAAAUUCAACAGUUGGGCUUCGCUUUUCACAUCUUCUAACUUUCUUUCUUUGUCUUUUGAAGCUGAAUAAGUCGAGAAAAUCAUCAGUAGAAUAAUAAAAUGAUGCCUAGAUGCGGCUUCUUUCUUUUCAUUGUCGGUUAAGUGUUUAAUGUCCAACCAGAAGCUAUAAAACUGAAAAAAAGGAGAUAAAAUUGGCUUAAAAUUGAUAUUUUUCUUCUUUAAUUCUGAUUAAGCUGUUGGCUAAACAGUCCAUCAGAAGCUUUUUUGUUUGUCUGUGGUUAAAUCCACAAUGUUUCUGAGCAUUUUAAGGAUUUCUUGUCCUCGUUGGCCAAAAAGUUUGGAUUGAAACUUGAUAUUUGAAACAGCAGUUGAGCAAACAGAUGCUCAGACGUCUGCUUAUAAUGUUCAGGAGGAGGAAAAAAAAGUUUGUUGUUCUGUCAGAUAAUCACUUUCAGCUCCAGUUGACGAUAUUCCCCCUUCCACACGAUACUUGAAUCACCUUGAAUUUAAGGUUAACGAGCAAGUUGGCUUUAAACACAGUUCACCUGUCGUCACAGUCGCCACGCGAGGUCGUUUUAAUGUGAAGUCUGAACCUGAGCUGACUCCUCUCCCCCUCUUCGCUAGCACUGUUAGUAUCUCUGCUACCUCUUCCUCGUUCAUCCGCUAGCUACCUCUUCUAGAAAAUCUUCCUCUUGCUAUCUGCUACCUCUCUGCGCACCCCUUCGCUACCUCUCGUUCCUCUUUCCUUUCUAUUCUGUUCCUCUUAUCUCUUUUUCUUUCGCCUGCCCACACGACUGCUGCACCAUUGCCCUCUUCUCACGGUCUGUCGGAAGAAGAAGAAGAAAAAAAAACAAAACACACGUACGAUCAUUCACUCGCGCUCUCACUCGCCGUGCCCUCCUUUGUCCCAUUCAACAUCCUACCAGGCUUGUUAUGUAAUAUCACCUAAAUAUGACGGGACUCCCCCCUUACAUAUAUUAUCUUUAAUCGAUACCUUUUCUUUUGUGUUAAUGGUAAUGUAUUUUUAAGGAGAAGUUUUGUGUAGAUGGAAGUUAUCUCUGUUCUUUGUAGCAUUUGUUUUCUUUUCUUUCUUUUUUUUUGUUUUUUUUAUUUUGUAUGGGGUCUGUUGGUACUUGGACCUAGACACUGUCGAAUAAACUGUGUUUUGUAUGAG